AUGGACCCCGUUAGCCUCCAGCUGGGCACCAAGAACCUGUGGAGCUUGCUCGUGAGGCUGCUCAGCAAAGACCCACAAUGGCUAAAUGCCAAGGUGAAGUUCUUCCUCCCCAAGAUGGACCUGAGCUCCAGGAACAAGGCCGAGGAUGCCACGCAGGGUGUCAUGCUACAGCUCAACAGACUGCACACUCAAGGUCAGGCCACUUGGCAGGCGUUCAUCCACUGUGUGUGCAUGGAACUUGACGUGCCGCUGGACCUGGAGGUGCCGCUGCUGAGCACUUGGGGCCAUGGAGACGGGUUCCCCAGCCAGCUGGAAACUGGUGAAGAAAGCCAACCUGAAUCUCAGCUCCACCACGGCCUCAAGCGGCCUCAUCAGAGCUGUGGGUCCUCACCCCGCCCGAAGCAGUGUAGGAAGCAGCAGCUAGAGCUGGCCAAGAGGUACCUGCAGCUGCUGAGGAGUUCUGCCCAGCAGCGCUAUGGCAGCAGGACGCGCCGGCCAGGGCAACCCCUUGCCUUCCACCAGGCCUAUAUCCCGCCAAUCCUGCAGUGGAGCCGGGCCACAGCACCCUUCAACACUCAGGAGGGGGCCAUCCUGGGGGACCCCAAGGCAGAAGAUGGCACUGAGGCGAGCAUCCUGGACCUCUUCAACACCAAGGCCGACAAGGGUCCGAGGGUGACGGUGCUCCUGGGGAAGGCGGGCAUGGGCAAGACCACACUGGCCCACCGGCUCUGCCAGAAGUGGGCUGACGGCCAGCUGGACCGCUUCCAGGCCCUGUUCCUUUUUGAAUUCCGCCAGCUCAACCUGAUCACAGAGUUCCUGACGCUGCCCCAGCUUCUUUUUGAUCUGUACCUGAGCCCCGAGGCAGGCCCCGACUUGGUCUUCCAGUACCUGGAGGAGAAUGCUAAGGGAGUCCUGCUGAUCUUUGACGGACUGGACCAGGCCCUCCACCCCCAUUCCAGCAAGGACACUGCAGGUCCUGAGGCCCCAAGUCCAGCCCUUGCCCUCUUCUCCGGACUCUGCAAAGGGACCCUCCUGCCUGGCUGCUGGGUAUUGGCCACCUCCCGUCCAGGGAAGCUGCCCGACUGUCUGCCCACAGAGGCGGCCAUGGUCCACAUGUGGGGCUUUGACAGGCCGCGGGUGGAGGAGUACGUGGGCCGCUUCUUCAGUAACCAGCCGUGGCAGGAGGCAGCCCUGGCAGAGCUGAGGGAAAACAGACAUCUCCAGAGCAUGUGCGCGGUGCCCGCAGUAUGCCAAGUCACCUGCCUCUGCCUCUACCAUCUGCUCCCAAGCAGCUCUCCAGGCCAAUCUGCGGCCCUUCUGCCCACCGUGACUCAGAACUAUGUGCAGAUGGUAUCUACCCUCGGCCCCCGUGGGCACCUGCUUCCUGAGUCCCUGCUGGGCCUCAGCGAGGUGGCCCUGAGGGGUCUGGAGACCGGGAAGGUUAUCUUCUCUGUAGGAGACAUCCCUCCCCCCAUGAUGGCCUUUGGGGCUGCCCUCGGCUUGUUGACCUCCUUCUGCAUCUGCACAGGCCCUGGGCACCAGGAGACAGGCUAUGCCUUCACCCACCUCAGCCUGCAGGAGUUUUUUGCCGCCUUGCACCUGAUGGCCAGCCCCGAGGUGGACAAAAAUGCACUUGCCCACUAUGUCACCCUCAGUUCUCGCUGGGUGCUGCGGACCAAAGCUAGACUGGGCCUCUUAGACCACCUCCCCACCUUCCUGGCUGGGCUGGCGUCCCGCGCCUGCUGUCCCUUCCUCAGCCACGUGGCACAGAGGGACGAGGUGUGGGUGGGUGCCAGGCAGGCUGAGGUGAUGCAGGCCUUGAGGAAGUUGGCCACCCGCAGGCUCACGGGACCGAAGGUUGUGGCACUCUGUCACUGCGUGGGUGAGACCCAGGAGCCUGAGCUGGCCAGCCUCAUGGCCCAAAGCCUCCCCUGUCACCUGUCCUUCCACAAUUUCCCACUGACCUAUGCUGACCUGGCUUCCCUGAACAACAUCCUGGGGCACAGGAAUGCCCCCAUCCAGCUGGAUUUUGAAGGCUGCCCCCUGGAGCCCCACUGCCCUGAGGCCCUGGCAGGCUGUAAGCAGGUAGAGAAUCUCAGCUUUAAGAGCAGGAAGUGUGGGGACGCCUUUGCAGAAGCCCUCUCCAGGAGCCUGCCGACAAUGGGGAGCCUGAAGAAGCUGGGGUUAGCGGGAAGUAAGAUCACUGCCCAAGGCAUCGGCCGCCUGGUGCAGGCUUUGCCCCUCUGUCCACAGCUGGAAGAGGUCAGUUUUCAGGAUAACCAGCUCAAGGACGGGGUGUUGCUGAACAUUGUGGAGGUGCUUCCUUGUUUGCCGCGGCUCCAGAAGCUUGACCUGAGCCGCAACAGUGUCUCCAUGUCAACCUUACUCUGCUUGACAAAGGUAGCAAUCACAAGCCCUGCUGUCAGGAUGCUGCAGGUCAGGGAGGCGGACCUCAUCUUCCUUCUUUCCCCGCCCACGGAGACAGCUGCAGAACUUCAAGGGGCAUCAGACCUACAGGGAAGUGCCAGCCAGAGGAAAGAGGCUCAGAGCAGAAGCCUGGCACUCAGGCUUCAGCAGUGUCAGCUCAGGGUCCAUGACGUGCAGGAACUCAUAACCCAGCUCCAGGAAGGCCCCCACCUGGACAAAGUGGACCUCUCAGGGAACCAGCUGGACAAUGAAGGCUGUCGGCUGAUGGCAGAGGCUGCAGCCCAGCUGGACAUCACCAGGAAUCUGGACCUCAGCGACAACGGGCUGUCUGUGGAUGGGGUGUAUGGUGUCCUGAGCGCAGUGAGCAUGUGCCAGACCCUCACAGAGUUACACAUCAGCCUGCUGCACAAAACCGUGGUCCUCACGUUUGCCCCGAAGCAGGAGGAACAGGGAGGGAUCCAGGAGAGGGCUGCACUCCAUGACGGCCUUAUGCGGCAGAUGCCCUGUGAGCUGCCCCCGCACUCCACAAGGAUCAGGCUGACACACUGUGGCUUGCAAGCCAAGCACCUAGCACAGCUCUGCAGGGCACUGGGAGGAAGCUGUCACCUCAGUCACCUUGACUUCUCAGGCAACGCUCUGGGGGACGAAGGCGCGGCCCAGCUGGCUCAGCUGCUCCCAGGGUUGGGCACUCUACAGUCCUUGAACCUCAGUGAGAACGGCUUGUCGCUGGAUUCGGUGUUCAUUUUGACCCAGUGCUUCUCAACUCUGCAGUGGCUUUUCCACCUGGAAGUCAACUCUGAGAGCCAGCACGUCGUCCUGAGAGGUGACAGAAGAGGCAGGGAUCAGUUGGCUGGUGGACCUUUGCCAGAGUUCCCAGCAGGAGCCCAUUUCUCCGCGUUUGAUCAGCACUGCAUCCUCAGGAGCGUCUGCCUCCGGCAGUGUCUGCUGGAGCCCUUGAGCCUCACCCACCUCUGUGAGACUCUGGAGAAGUGCCCGGGGCCUCUGGAAGUCAAGUUGUCCUGUGAGGUCCUGAGUGACCAGAGCCUGGAGACCCUGCUGAACCACUUGCCCCGGAUCCCCCAGCUAAGCCUGCUGCAGCUGAGUGAGACAAGGCUGUCCCCAAGGAGCCCCCUCCUGCUGGCCGACCUCUUCAGCCUGUGCCCGCAGGUUCAGAAGGUGGAUCUCAGGUCCCUGUAUCACACAACCCUGCACUUCAGGUCUAGCGAGGAGCAGAAAGGCGAGUACUGUGGCCUCUCUGCAAACCUGCUGGGUGAUGACGGGCUCCAGUGCCUACUGGAAUGUCUGCCUCAGUUGCCCAUCUCCGCUUCUCUUGAUCUGAGUCACAACAGCAUCUCCGUGGAAGGUGCUCUGUGCCUGGUGAAGACUCUCCCCUCCUGCCCACGUGUCCGGGAGGCCUCCGUGAACCUGGGCUCUGAGCAAAGCUUCUGGAUCCACUUCUCCCGAGAGGAGGAGGCUGGGAAGACAUUACGGCUGAGCCAGUGCAGUUUCAGGCCAGAGCAUGUACCCAGACUGGCCACCGGCCUGAACCAGGGCCUGAAGCCUACAGCGCUCACGCUGACCCAGUGCUGCCUGGGCCUGAAGCAGCUGACUGUUCUCCUGAGUCUGGUGAGGUGGCCUGUGGGACUGUUCAAUCUCAGGGUGGAGGAACCAUGGGUAGGCAAAGCCGGGGUCCUCGCCCUGCUGGAAGUUUGCACCCAGGCCUCAGGCAACAUCACGGAAAUCAGCAUUGCCGAGGCCCAGCAGCAACUCUGUCUCCAGCUGGAGUUUCCCCGCCAGGAGAACCCAGAGGCCGUGGCCCUCAGGUUGGCUCAUUGUGACCUUGGGACCCACCACAAUCUUCUUGUCUGGCAGCUGAUGGAGACAUGUGCCAGGCUGCGGCAGCUCAGCUUGUCCCAGGUGAACCUCUGCGACACCAGCUCCCUGCUGCUGCAGAGCCUCCUGCCGUCCCUCUCUGAGCUGAAGACAUUCCGGCUGACCUGCAGCUGUGUGAGGUCCGAGGGUCUGGCCCACCUGACAUCCGGUCUGAGCCACUGCCUCCACCUGGAGGAGCUGGACUUGUCCAACAAUCAAUUUGGCGAGGAGGGCACCAGAGUGCUGAUGGGGGUCCUCGAGGGCAAGUGCUGGCUGAAGAGGCUGGACCUCAGCCAUCUCCCACUGGGCGGCUCCAUCCUGGCCGUGCUCACUCAAAGACUGAGACACAUGACCCUCCUGCAGAGCCUCCGUCUGAGCAGGAACGGUGUUUGUGAUGUCGGCUGCCACCCGCUUUCCGAGGCUCUCAGAGCUGCCACCAGCUUGGAGGAGCUGGACUUGAGCCACAACCAGAUUGGAGACACCGGUGCCCAGCUCUUAGCUGCCGUCCUACCGUGGCUGCCGGAGCUCAGGAAGAUAGACCUCUCAGGAAAUGGCAUUGGCCCAGCUGGGGGAGCGCGAUUGGCAGAAUCUCUCGCCCUUUGCAGGCACUUGGAGCAGCUGAUGCUUGGCUGCAAUGCCCUGGGGGAUGCCACAGCCCUGGGGCUGGCCCAGGGACUGCCUCGACACCUGAGAAUCCUGCACCUGCCAUCUAGCCGUCUGGGCCCAGAGGGGGGGCUGAGCCUGAGCCAGGCCUUGGAUGGAUGCCCAUAUGUGGAAGAGGUCAGCUUGGCAGAGAACAGUCUGGCCAGAGGGAUCCCACAAUUCUGUCAGGGGCUCCCACUGCUCAGGCGGAUAGACUUGGUUUCAUGUGAUAUUGACGACCACACUGCCAAGCCCCUCGCUGCCAGCCUGCUUCUCUGCCCGGCCCUGGAAGAAAUUCUGCUGUCCUGGAAUGUGCUCGGGGACGAGGCGGCUGCCGAGCUGGCCCGGGUCCUGCCGCAGAUGGGCCGGCUGAAGAGAAUGGACCUGGAGAAGAAUCGGAUCACAGCUUGUGGAGCCUGGCUCUUGGCUGAAGGGUUGGCGCAAGGGUCUGGCAUCCAAGUCAUUCGCCUCUGGAACAACCCCAUUCCCCCCGACACGGUGCAGCGUCUGCAGAGGCAGGAGCCCAGGCUGGACUUCGCUUUCUUUGACAAGCAGCCGAAAGCCCCUUGGGGUACUUGAUGGCCCCCU